AUGAUUCUCCCACGGCGAGCAGUCCUCUUCCUUGGCGUCUGCUUUUUCCUCAUCCUCCUCCUCACAGUCCGCAGCCUCUCCCGACCAUGGAGUGACGUCCCCCAAGUAGUCGGCCUGGGCGACUUAAUACCCAGCAAUAACACAUCUUGGAACAUAACCCGCGGCCACACAAAUAAGGACCUCUAUGCGCCUCCACCAAACUUCAUCUCCGGCACCCCAAAGCCCCCGGGCUACCAGUACUCCAAAGUAAUGGUAGUAACGCGCACAAAAGAAGAAGACACCAGCUGGAUCUCCGAGCAGCUCCCAGAUUGGAACACAGCCAUCUAUGUCGCAGAUGACCCAUCCGCUCCCCUUCACCCACCCAAAAACAAAGGCCACGAAGUGAUGAUCUACCUCACCUACAUAGUCGACCACUAUGAUCAACUCCCCGACGUCGCGGUCUUCAUGCACUCACAUCAAAACGCAUGGCACAAUGACGCGCUCUUCAAUGGUGACGCGGCCAAUCUCCUUCGGAGACUAAACCUGAACCGCGUCAUCCGCGAAGGGUACAUGAACACGCGCUGCGGCUUCGGCCCGGGCUGUCCGGCCUGGAUGCAUCCCGGUGCCGUGGAGGAAGACGAGACGAAGCAGGAAGAGACUAUGCUCGCGCGGGCGUGGGGGGAGCUCUUUCCUGACGAACCGAUCCCGUCUGUUCUGGCACAGCCGUGCUGUGCGCAGUUUGCGCUAUCGCGGGAUCGGAUCCGGUCGAUUCCGAGGGCGCGGUUUGUGUUUUAUCGGGAUUGGUUGCUUUCGACUGAUUUGAGUGAUUAUAUCACCGGGCGGAUCUGGGAGUAUCUCUGGCAGUAUAUAUUUACUGGUGAGGCUGUUCUUUGUGUCGAGGAGAAUGUUUGUCUUUGUGAUGGUUAUGGGUUUUGUUUUGGGAGUGAUGAGGAAUAUAGGAAGUAUCAGGACUUGGAGUCUGAGAGAAACGAGCUUCAAAAGGACUUUGAGAAUUGGAUGUGGUUGGCUGAUGAUCUUGAGCUUGCAAAUGGGUUUGGUGAGUUGGAUGAGAGUGUUGAUUUAGAUGGGGAGAGAACCGAUCUUCAUUCCCAGUUGCAGGACAAGCAGCAGGAAUUGGCUGAAAUUCUACACAAUGCCAUGCAGCGUGGAAAGAACCCUCAGUACCGUGCCCAGGAGGCUGGUCGACCUUGGAAAGAAGGUGAUGGGUUCUAA